GUCGGUCCGCCGCUCGGCCCCGCGCUGACACGCCAGACCAGCAGUACACACACCUUAUGAACCGUCGCUCUGUCGGUCCUCUUUGAUACAGACGUGAUUUUAUCAGACUCGCAUAAGAAGAAGAGUAUGGUGGCUGCUUGAAAAGAGAAGCAAAGAUGGCACAGAAAGACACACUGCUGCAUCUCUUCGCUGGAGGAUGUAGUGGUACAGUGGGAGCCAUUGUGACCUGCCCACUGGAGGUGUUAAAGACACGGUUGCAGUCUUCUGGAUUCACUCUCCGGCCCGUCUUCCAGGUCCAGCUAGGCACCCUGAGUGGUACGGGUGUCAUCCGACCGGGAACUGUUACCCCGGGGUUGCUACAGGUCCUGAGAUCGAUUCUAGAAAAAGAGGGACCAAGAUCACUCUUCCGUGGUCUGGGGCCAAACCUUGUCGGUGUGGCUCCCUCAAGAGCCAUUUACUUUGCUGCUUACUCAAAAUCUAAAGAGUUAUUCAAUGGGCUGUUCGUUCCUAAUAGCGGUCCGGUGCACAUGUCCUCUGCUGGUGUUGCAGCUUUCGUCACUAAUUCUCUGAUGAACCCCAUCUGGAUGGUCAAGACCAGAAUGCAGCUGGAGAAAAAAGCCAGAGGAGAGAAGAAGAUGAACGCACUGCAGUGUGCCCGCUAUGUUUACAGAACGGAAGGCGUCCGAGGCUUCUACCGAGGCCUUACUGCAUCGUACGCUGGCAUCUCGGAGACUAUGAUCUGCUUCCUCAUCUACGAGACACUAAAGAAAAACCUCGCCAAGAGCCAGUUCACCUCACCAAACAAUGAAAAGGAGAAAGGAGCAUCGGACUUCCUGGGUCUGAUGAUGGCAGCUGCUUUUUCAAAGGGUUGUGCCUCCUGCAUAGCCUACCCACACGAGGUUAUUCGGACAAGGCUGCGUGAGGAAGGCAGCAAGUACAAGUAUUUCUUCCAGACAGGGAGGUUAAUAGCAGUGGAGGAAGGCUAUGCAGCUUUUUAUAGAGGACUCAUUCCACAGCUAAUUAGACAAAUCCCUAACACAGCCAUCGUCCUCUCCACAUAUGAACUCCUCGUCCAUCUGCUGGGAGACUCCAAGUGAGGAUGUGUUUGAACGUCAGGUAUUCCGGAAAGACGGAUGCCACACAAAGCCCAAGGCACGCUGAGCAACAGACUUUUGAAAAUGCAGUACAUACAUUUUUCAGUGUGGUGCUAAAGGGACUUUUCAAAUUCAAAAGUGUACUGUUAUCCAAAGAGCUAAGCACAUUGUUUUACUGAAAGCUUGUCAUUAGGAGUUUAUCAAAAAUAACGUAAGAAGUCCUGGUUCUUAUUAAAAACUCCUUACCUGUGAAAAAAGGUCAUCUUCUUAGAGGACUAGUGUUAAGUUAACUAAAUUAUUUUAUGUUUUGUUAUUUUAUGACAGUGUUUGUUUCCUUUUUAUCAAUGUUUAAUGUACCAAGACACAUGACUGGUUUAGUUAAUGAAGGGAAGUAAUUCAGAAGAAGUGCUAGAAAUAGUGCUGUUUCCUGCAUUGUGAAGACCAUACAGACCAUUUUGACUGGUGUACUUUCACAAAUACAACGUGCUGGUUUUGAAGUUUGAAUUAAAGAGAAAUUUAUCAUAUUUUUCAUUAAUAUAAAUAUCUAUAUCUAUAGAUAUAUAUACACACAAACACAUAUAUAUAUAUAUAUAUAUAUAUAUAUAUACAUACAUACACACACACACACACACACACAGGCUUAUCUGUAUGUUUUCUUUGUGAGAUAAUCUUUUACAAUAAGAUGAGAACUUUGAUGCUUAUUUGACCAGUGGCUCAAUAAAAUGCAUCAAGAAACAACAUUAGUCGGUGGUUGACCCAAACGCUGACGUAAUUAUUCUGUUAAUGCACGAAUCUGCCUUUAAUGUAUAGGAAACUAAAAGACACACGAGGGAUGUUGCAUUGUACAAGCAUGGUUAAACAGAAAUCACAGGAUAUAUCAGGGACUAUUUGGCUGGUUCUGUAAAGUCCAAAUAUUCUGAUGAAUUAAUUUAAUUAAGGCUUUGUACCUGGUGAUCCCCUCUAAAUGUGGUUGAAAAUAUAUUUGAGAUCAACAUGGCUGAGAAGUUCUUUGUUUUUUUUCCUUAAGGAUCUCAAAUGUAUUUUACGUUCUGGGACUAUUCUUAAUUUCACCAGGAAAAGGUGUAAGCUCAGUGCCUGAAAUGUGCAGUAAAUGCUCUCCUUAACUCUAUAUAAGGAAAGUAGAAGAUAAGGUAGUGUUUUCAUGCUAUGACUGAACGUCAAGGUGUUGUCCUAUCGUUUUCUUCCAUGUACUGUAAGUUGUGUUUGUUUUUUGUUCAGUAAUGCCUGCUUCACUUAUAGUUACAGAUCUGGAAACAAGUCUUCCACUGUCUCCAAAUAUCAUGGCUAUAAAAAAAUAUGCAACUA